AUGGACUCGUCAGCAAAGUUAUCAAUUAUCAACCCUCAGCCGGCGAAGCUGCCUGGCCCAGCCCUUCUACAUGAGCUUGUUGCCGGUACAUCGAGCUCACCAGCUUUAGACCAUCUCCAGGGGACAUUUCGGACGUCCUUCACAUACGACGAGCUACACGCUGUUUCAGAUACCAUCGCAGAUAAACUAUCCAGUGUUGUUCGGAAUCGCGAUGCUCCCUUCGUGGUCCCGAUCCUGAUGAGGCAGUCGCCUCUCUUGUACGCUAGUCUUCUGGGCAUCCUCAAAGCCGGUGCAGCAUUCUGUCCUUUGAACCUCGACGCGCCACCGGAGCGAGUAUCCUUUAUCAUCCAGGAUGUCUCCGCAGCAGUGGUUCUCGUGGAAGAAGAUCUAGUGGCCAGGAUGCCGGAAGGGGUAGAGGCAGAUGUAAUGACAAUACAGUGGAUGUCUGAAAAGCCUGCAACAUCCAAGCACUCACCAAAAGUCUCCUCGACGGACCUCGCCUAUGUCAUGUAUACUUCGGGAUCUACAGGGACACCCAAAGGUGUUGGCUUAUCGCACGGCGCCGCCACUCAAGCAUUGCUUGCGCAUGAACGACAUAUACCCCAAUUUAGCCGAUUUUUACAGUUUGCCGCCCCGACUUUCGAUGUCUCGGUCUUUGAGAUUUUCUUUCCUUUGGCUAGAGGACGCACUUUGGUCAGUGUGGAGCGUGGCCAGUUGCUCGAUGACCUGGCAGCCGCCAUACGAGAAACCAAUGUUGAUGCGUGCGAGCUUACACCAACUGUGGCAGGGAGCCUGUUACGGUCCCGAAAUGCCGUGCCUGAACUCAAGCUUUUGCUGACCAUUGGUGAGAUGCUCACGGAGCCAGUCAUCCAUGAAUUUGGAGGAGGCGAGGGGCGAGAGAGUAUCCUUUGGGCAAUGUAUGGCCCGACAGAAGCCACCAUUCAUUGUACUCUUCAACCAGCGAUGCAAGCCGUAUCGAGUGUUCAAAAUAUUGGGUUUCCGCUCGACACCGUCUCUGCUUUUGUCAUCCAACCAGCUAAAUCCGACGAGGAAGCUUUGACGGUUCUGCCUUUGGGCGAGGUCGGAGAGUUGGCAGUAGGUGGCCACCAGCUGGCUGAAGGCUACCUGAAUCGCCCAACACAAACGGCUGCCGCUUUCAUCGAGACUCCUUACGGUCGCCUCUACAGAACCGGGGACAAAGCAAGAGUCUUGUCGAAUGGCACUCUCGAGUGUCUGGGCCGGUUAUCUGAAGGGCAAGUCAAGCUUCGCGGUCAGAGACUGGAGAUCAACGAGGUACAGCAAGCCAUUUUACGUGUGAAAUCGUGUCAUGGUGCUGUCGUCGCCGUUCACGAGUCCACAUUGGUCGCAUUUUGCGCCACGGACCCGGGUGUACUGGAAGACGUCAUCCGGGACGAGUGCAAAAAGUGGUUGCCUCAGUUCAUGAUCCCAAGCGUCCUCAUGCUGAGUGACUCUUUCCCCAAACUCCCAAGUGGAAAGGUGGACAAGAGAAAGCUGCUUGCUGAUUACGCUACAAAUCUAUCAGCGAACACAAACUCUGGGGAAGAGCAUGGCAUCCCGGGGUCGUUUAUGAGUGCCUUUAUGGAUAUCUUGGGCCCGCAUGUUGAAGCACACACAAUACUUCCAGCAGCAGGUCUGGAUUCACUUUCUGCUAUUCGCAUAGCGUCUUCCCUGGGAGCUGUCGGGUAUCCAACGUCAGCGGCCUCCCUUAUUAAAUGCAAGAGUGUUGCAGAUGCUUGGCAUCUGGUACGGACGGCGGAAGGGGAGACAGAGGCCGUCCCAGCCAGUUCUCAGAGGAGCUUGCUCCAUCGCUUGGAAGAUGUACUGGCACAAAAUCCUGAUACUCAUGUCGCCAAAUUUGCGGUAUCAGAUAUCCUCCCCUGCUCAGCUUUGCAAACGGCCAUGCUAGCCGAGACAGUCGGACAGCCUGACCUGUACUGGAACGAACUCGAGCUCGAUGUGGCCGACAGUGCCAACCGAGUGGCAGCGGCUUUCACGACGAUAAUAGAACAAACAGCCAUACUUCGAGGAAUCUUCGUCUUCCUGGAUGGCACCUUUGUCUGCCUGGUGAAGCAAGAUGUUGAUGAAGAGCAGAUCAAGAUCGUUGACGGUCAGUCACACUUCUCACGUGAGCAGACAAUCGACUCUCCAACCUUUCAGGUUCAACUCUAUGACAACAAUCAUGGCGGGACGAGAGUAUGGAUUCUUGCCCAUCAUGCCAUCUAUGACGGCUGGUCCAUGGAUAUCAUACUCGCCGACGUCAACCGACUCCUCAGCGGACAAUCUAUACCGAAGCGAACCCCUUUCGCUGAAGUUGUCGCCAUGCAGCGAUGGCUAGCGUCUUCGCCCGCAGCUGACCGAUCAGGCGCAUACUGGGCCGCACAUUUACAAGGAUGGACCAAGGAUCCUUUUCCAACGCUCGUCGAUCGCUUAGGAGGCCAGCAAGAUCCGCUUGUUAUUGCAGAUCAAGUGGAGAUUCCAUACCCCAAAGUUGACGCAGCCUCGAAAGAUCUGGGCUGCAGCGUGCAGGCCUUAUUUCAAGCAGCGCUAUACGUUGUGUGGGCCGGUAUACUUGGCAGCACAGAUGUUGUACUUGGUGUGGUGUCCUCAGGCCGGUCCUUGCCAAUGGGCGGUAUCGAAGAAAUCAUCGGCCCUUGUAUCGCUGCGUUGCCUCUGCGCGUCGACUUUGAGAAGUUGUCCGACGCCGAGCAAUUGCUACGCCACAUUCAUUCAUGCAAUCGAGCCAUGCUUGAAAAUUCGAUCAUCCCACUGGGCGACAUCAGGAAGAUGAUGGGGUUGCGCGCCAGUCAAACCGUCUACGAUCUCCUAUUCGUAUAUCAACAGUCUUCGAAAUCUGAGAGCAAGAGGCGCGGCCUGCUAAAGGAAAUCCGGCGCUUGGAUAGACUGGAAACCAAAGUCCUGUUUGAGGCUGAGCCGAACGACACAUCCUUCUCGAUUCAGAUCACAUACCACUCAGACAGCGCUCGAGGUGAUAUGAUGAGAAUGCUCUUACAACAAUUCAAGCUGGCCUUUGGACAACUUAUUGAGCAAUCACACAGCGCACUGGCUGAUACACGUCGGGCACUGAUCCCAGUACCGGCCACAUAUAAUACUUCGCCAGUCCCGCUUGAAGGCACGCCAGACUUGGCUGCCAUGUUUGAACAAGUCGUCGAAGAAAACUCCGACAAGGAUGCCCUUUCGUUCAUCGAGCCCGGUCACGAGUCUCCAUUCGCCAAGACGACAGUGACUUAUCAAGAAUUGAACGUUCUGGGCAACAGGAUUGCGCAUUUUCUGCUCAGUCAAGGCGUUGGCGCUAAUCAAAUUGUUGGUGUCUUUAUGGAAAAGUCCAUAUUCCUCUACGCAACUAUAUUGGCCGUCCUCAAAACUGGCUGUGCAUACCUGCCUUUGCCACCAUCGACCCCAGCUGAUCGGGUGGAAGACAUCCUGCGCCUGGCCAAAGUGCGGCACUGCGCGGUGGACACGGCCGCUGUCCGACUGUUUGGACAUCUGCGAGAAGCCCGACUCGUUGACGUGGAGCGCACGCCUCUGGAUGACUUUCGAUCCCGUAAUCUGUGUAUUCCGCCUGACCGCGACCGCUUGGCGUAUGUCAUCUUUACUUCAGGUACUACCGGAACACCCAAGGGAGUGGCAGUAACCCACGGCAACAUCGUGAGCAACAUCGACUAUCUUUCUGGGGUAUACCCAGUCAAACGAGGAGCGCAAUCAAACUUUCUCCAGGCGUGUUCUCAGGCUUUCGAUGUCUCGGUGUUUGAGAUUUUCUUUGCUUGGAAAACCGGCAUGUGCCUUUGCACCGGCGUCAACGACACCCUGUUUGCCGACCUCGCGCUUACGGUCAAUGGUCUUUCCAUUACGCAUCUUAGCUUGACACCGACUGUAGCUUCACUCAUCAGUCGUGAGACAUGUCCAGGUGUGGAGUUCCUGGUCACCGCGGGAGAGCCCUUGACACGCAGUGUCUUGGACCAAUGGGGUGAUAUACUUUGGCAGGGAUAUGGUCCGUCAGAGACGACCAACAUCUGCAGCGUCAAACAGAUGCAAACCGAUAUGGUGGUAGAGCAUCUCGGGUGGGUAUUCCCGAACACUUCAGUCAUGGUGAUGGCCAUAGGGAGCCUCGAUCCCGUGCCAGUGGGCUGGGUUGGUGAAUUCUGCUAUGGCGGUGACCAAGUUGCACAAGGCUACCUCAACAUGCCAGAACUGACGGCAGAGAAAUUCAUCCAACAUCCUCGCUUCGGAAGGAUAUAUCACUCGGGAGACAUAGGUCGUAUGCUCCCUGACGGCUCCCUGGUGAUACUAGGCCGUAUUGACGAUCAGCUCAAGUUGCGUGGGCAGCGCAUCGAAGCGGCAGAGAUCAGCAACAUCAUCGCGUCCACGCCCUGGGCGUCGUCUGCGAUUGUCAUGAUUGGGAGAAGAGCUCCGAAUAUGCCGGAACAACUGGUCGCUUUCUACGUGCCAGCUGAGCAUGUCGGCGGCGAUGGACUGUUGGACAUCGACCACGAGGCCUGUGCGGGUCUGUACAGUCUCAUGCAGUCCAAGCUGCCUUCCUACAUGGUCCCUUCUUACCUGAUUCCUCUGGCCCGCAUUCCCAUGACGAAGAGUGGCAAGAUCAACAAGAAGCAACUUCAGGAUUGGUUCCAAGAUUUGCCAUCAAGGUAUCUGGAGGCUGCCGUGCCCCAAGCAACCUUGAAUGAGGACGGAAGCGAGUGGUCCACGAUGGAAUCGGACAUUCAUGCAGCCCUCAUACAGUCAUUGAAGAUAUCUGCGACCGAAGCCAACCGAUGGACACCUUUCGCCAACCUAGGCAUUGAUUCCGUAUCUGCCAUUCGUCUCGCACGCGACUUGAGCUCUUCUCUGAAUCGCAGAGUGGCAGUUUCGUCCAUCAUCCGAAAUUCAAGCAUUGCGCAGUUUGCGCGUCAUCUCGGCCAACAUGAUGUUGAGGAGAGGGCCGUGAUAGCUGAGAAACCUUUACUGCCUCAAAGUUGCAUAGAGCAACUGCGACAUUCAUUCAUCUCUCAAGACAAGGCAGUAGCUUCCAUUCUGCCAUGCACGCCUCUGCAAGCGGCCAUGCUAUCUCGGGGUGGUCGCAACUACUAUAAUAGAGUCCUCUUGCGCCUCAAGGUUGAGGCCUCGAAAAUGCAGGCAUUCUGGAAUUGCAUGACUGAAAGGCAUGAGAUCCUCAGAACUUGCUUCGCCACGACAGAGGACGCGGAGCAUUCCAUUGCUCAAGUGGUUCUUCGAGAAUGGAGCAUCCCCUGGCAUCAGUUCGAUGCAAAGACUCCUUCAUUUGAGGAAAUCAUUCAUUCACAUUUGGAGCAAUUGCCGGAUCCGGUCGAUGCCAUGACGCCUCCUGUUUCCCUAGCUUUGAUUCGGCGCGGCACAUCGUCGUUUCUAUCGUUCAUCUGCCACCACUCUUUGUAUGAUGGUGUAGCUAUCAAUAUUCUGUGGCGCGAAGUCGAGGCACUCGCUGCAGGCGAACAACUGCCACCAGCAAUACGCUACGAGCCUCUUCUACAAGAGAUGGCCAACCUGCCUGGCAAUACUGAAGCAUUCUGGAAGAAACACUUCCACGACUUUGUUCCCUCAUACGCCUUCCCCUCAAAUGCGGGCGGGAGCACAGACCAGGCAUUGAUUACCAAAUCUGUACGCACGUCGCUGGAAACACUCAACCAUCGCUUGAAAGGUCUUGGAGUGUCUAUGCUUGCGGCUUGUCAGGCGGCAUGGGCUGUAACCCUGUCUAUCUCAUACAAAUCAACGGACAUCUGCUUCGGUAACGUCAAUAGCGGACGGACUGCCGAUGUUGACAGCAUUGAAAGACUUGUUGCGCCCACCUUCAACACCAUUCCGCUGCGAGUGGACCUAUCAACGGCCUCACACGGCCAUUCGCUCCUUGAAUAUUUCCACCGUCUCAGCUUGAAUGUGUUUCCUUACCAAUUCACUCCACUUCGUCUUGUUCAGAAGAUCAGUGGAUGCCAGGGCGUCGGUCUGUUCGAAACCCUGCUUCUCCUUCAGCAGCCCCUUCACCCUAUGGACGAUCGCGUCUGGAUCCUCGAGGAAGACAAGGGCACUAUGGACUUGCCAGUGGUCUGCGAAAUACGAGUAUCAGAGCUAGUGGAGGAUCUCAGAGCUAGCUUACUUGCGCAUCCUCAACUGCCCCCUUGGCACGUCUUUGCACACGAUGGUGAGGACGGUAUCACAAUGACGCUUGUCAUCCACCAUGCGCUGUACGAUGCCCAGUCUCUGGAUGAGCUUUUGGUUGGUCUGGGCAAGACUUUGCAGGGGGAGGCUGACGAACUCAACAUCACACCGGUCGAGCCGGGACUGCAGGUGAUCAUGUCACGACACAUGGCGGACCAAACUGAAACACGUCUCUUCUGGGAGUCAAAAGCCACAGAUGUAGUGAUCAAUACCUUUCCGACAAUGACGCCUCUUCGGGAGCCUGCAACGUCUCUUCGCUCGGAAACCUCAACCUUGUCGCUCUCGUUCUCGCAUCUGCAAGAUGCAGCAAAGGACGCAGGUGUCACCGUGCAUGCAGCCAUUCAUGCGGCUUGGGCAAGAGUUCUCUCUUCGUAUCUCGGGGAAGAAGCCGUUGUAUUUGGGUCGACCAUCUCAGAGAGGACGUCUGAAGCUACCAAGUCCACGCCGAUCCCCUGCAUUACAACUCUUCCUGUCCUCGCAAGAGCUACGCCUUCAAACCUGGGUCUCCUCGAGAGUAUCAUGGAUUUCACUACCAAAGUGCGCAAGCACCAGUCGGCAUCUUUGAGCUCUGUCCAAAAGUGGUUGGGUCAUCCUGCCACUCCCAUCUUCGACACUCUUGUGUCUUAUCGGAAGAGGGAUGAACAUGAGCCCUCACGACCUUUUGAACUCCUCUCUGACAACGCCACACUCGACUACAAAGUCUCGAUGGAAAUAGAGGCAGGCCCCGAUGACUGUGUGAGGCUCACGACCACGUUCAUGCCGCACGUUCUCCCUGCUGAGCAAGGCCGCAUCCUCUUGGAUCAAUUUGAUGCAGUCUUGUCUCAUCUUGUACUUCACCCUGGGGAGACGGAAGAUGACCUGCAUCGUCUCACCCCCAAGCUGUUUUCCCAGCUUCCUCCAGAAGUCCCCGUUAUGCCCACGACGGUUCAGUACCUGCACCAGCUCGUUGAAGAAAAGGCACGAACCAAUCCCGAGACCAUUGCCCUAGAAUUCAUUGACUCGUUGCACCAAGGGACCAUAGAGAAACGCAUCUGGAAUUAUCGACAGCUGGAUGAGCGUGGCAACCAGGUUGCGAACAUGCUGCGUACCAAAGCAGCCGUGGGGAGCAUUGUGGCAGUUCACUUUGACAAGUGCCCCGAGGCAUACUUCAGCAUCCUUGGUAUUCUGAAGGCGGGCUGUUCUUUUGUGGCGUUGGAUCCCACAGCACCCGCAAGCCGAAAGUCUUUCAUCUUAGAAGACUCAAAGGCCCCUUGCGUUUUGACAACAGCUGAAAGCACAUUCAGCAGCACCACAACAGAAGUCGUGCGUAUCGACAUGUCUGUCUUGGAUGAAUUCUCUAUAGAAUCUGCUGUGAUUGAUAUUACAUCUCCCGAAGCCACUUGCUACUGCCUAUACACUUCUGGGACUACGGGAACCCCCAAGGGCUGUGAGAUCACGCACGAGAACGCCGUACAGGCAAUGAUGGCUUUCCAAGAUCUGUUCAGUGGGCACUGGCAAGCUGACUCACGCUGGCUACAGUUCGCGUCUUUGCACUUUGACGUCUCAGUACUUGAGCAGUACUGGACUUGGUCAGUUGGGAUUACUCUUGUUGCUGCCCCCAAAGACAUGAUCCUAGACGACUUGACGGGUUCGAUCAACAAGCUCGGCAUCACCCACAUUGAUCUCACUCCAAGUCUGGCCAGGCUUACGCAUCCCUCCGAAGUACCCUCUCUGUGUAAAGGCGUGUUCAUCACCGGUGGCGAGUCCUUGAAACAGGAGAUCUUGGACGUUUGGGGGCCAAAAGCUGUGAUACACAACGCGUACGGUCCAACGGAAGCAACAAUUGGUGUUACCAUGUACCAGAGAGUGCCCGCCAACGGUCGCCCAAGCAACAUAGGCAAGCAAUUCCCCAAUGUUGGAUCCUACGUGUUCAAGCUAGGCACCGAGGUUCCGGUGUUGCGCGGUGGAGUUGGUGAGCUUUGCGUGUCAGGCAAGCUUGUUGGCAAGGGCUAUCUCAACAGACCGGACUUGACUGCGGAACGCUUCCCCACGCUGCAACACUUUGCCGAGAAGAUUUAUCGCACAGGUGAUCUCGUGCGGGUGUUACAUGAUGGCUGUUUCGAGUUCCUUGGAAGAGCAGACGACCAAGUCAAGCUACGAGGACAACGACUUGAAAUUGGCGAGAUCAACCACGCCAUCAGGGGUGUUCCUGAGAUUCAGGAUGCUGCAACUGUCGUUGCCACACAGGGAUCGUCAGAGAAAAGCGUUCUGGUUGCCUUCAUUGUCUCUGCCACAACCAACAACAAAGGCAAUCUUGAAGUCAUGCCGGACACCGAAAGUCUUGGCCUCAAAGCCAAGGAGGCUUGCCGUACCAAGCUGCCUGGGUACAUGGUGCCAACAUACUUUCUGCAGCUGCCCUUCAUUCCAUUGUCCGUCAACAAUAAGGCCGAAGCCAAGGAAUUGAGGAGGUUGUUUGCCAAUCUGUCGCACGCGCAGCUUUCCGCGUUGACGGCGACACCGCGUUCCAGCAGAAGCACAGUAAGCGUAUCAUCUCUGACGAAGCUCACCAAGGCAUUGUCCACGUACAGUGGCCUCAAGCAGAAUGAUGUGACCGAGGACACGAGCAUGUUCGAUCUUGGGGUGGACUCGAUCACUGUGCUACGACUUGCGUCGCACCUCAAAGAACAAGGGUUCGAUGCAGCAACGCCAACGGCAUUGUUGAGAAACCCCGUGAUCAACGACCUCGCCUUCGUCCUUUGCCAGAAGACAUCACAUUCGGUUGAAGCGGGAAUCAAGGAGGCCAAACAGCUCAUGGCCGCGUGCAAGCAUCGCUAUUUGUCGUCCGCCUGCCGUGCUUUCCAUGUUCAGCCGGAGAACAUCGAGUACAUUGCACCCUGUUCACCGCUCCAGGGCGGCAUCGUAUCGAGAUCCCUUGCCUCUGCAGAAGGGCAUGCUUACUUCAACACAUUCGAGCUAAAGCUAUCGCCCCAUCUCAGCGAAGACGAGCUCCGCCAUGCUUGGGAUAGUCUAGUGUCAGAGCUGGCUAUCCUUCGGACUCGCUUUCUAGCGACGCCUUCCGGUCCCAUCCAAGUCGCGCUUAAAGCGGUGCAGUUACCCUGGGAGCAUGUCGAGCUACCUACUGAAGAAGAGACUCAGCAUGCUCUAACGCAGAUGCGCAAGGCCUGGUUGAGCACCAAUGGCCACAACGUUUCUGAGCCUUUACAAAUCUACUAUGUCGUGCGUGGAGGGGAAUCCAGACUAUUUAUCAACAUUUUCCACGGUAUCUACGAUGGCAUGAGCUUUGAUUUCAUGCUUUCACGUCUCGCUGCCGAGGUCGACGGUAGGGAUCUUCCCGAUGGGCCCUUGUUCGUUGAAGCACUCACGCAUGGGCCACUUCAGGACUUUAGCUCUAGUGAAAGCUUCUGGAAGCAGCACUUGAGAGAUUGGAUGCCGCCUGUCAUGGCCGGCUUGGGAGGUGUCGACAGUUCCCGUCCAGUGGCUAGUAGCAGGAUCAUACCUCAAGGUCCAAUCGAUCUGUUCCGUCGUUCGGAAAACACCACCUUGCAGGCUGUACUGUUAGGUGUGUGGUCUUCUGUGCUACAGAAGUAUCACUCGGGUGUGGCCACUGUUGGUGUGAUCGCAGCGGGUAGAUCAAUCGACCUUCCGGGAAUCGAGAACACAAUCGGCCCCCUAUUUAACACGUUGCCCUUCUUCCACAAGUUUCAGGGGCAGGAUACAUGGGCCUCGCUCAUCCAUUCCGCACAUGACUUUGGACUGUCAACCCUAGACUGUCAGCAUGUGUCGCUUCAACACAUUCAGAAGUGGUGCUCGGGAGGACGGCCGCUGUUCAACACGCUUUUUGCACUUCAAAUAGAGCAGCCGGAAGAUCAUGGCUUAUGGCAGCUCGUCGACGGCGAGUUGAAUCCUGACUACCCCCUUGCCUUCGAGGCAACAAUGAUGAAGGGCGGCAAUUUGAGGGUGCAGCUGGUGGCCCAAGGGCACGUGGCAACUGUCGCCGUGCUGGAUGAGAUGCUGGGUGCUUUCAGCGAUUCUUUGCGACAGGCUAUGAAGGACAGCUCCCAAUCUGUGCCAUUUGAACCAAGCAACAAUGACCCAGCAUCUUCCGGCAGGACAGAACCCUCGAUCGUCGGCGAAGAGCCGCCAACAGGGUUCACAUGGACAGAAAUAGCGGAAACGAUAAGAAGAGAAAUAUGUGCUCUCUCUGGGGCUUCCGAAGGGGACAUCCGCGGGACCACGACCAUGCUUGAGCUAGGCUUGGACAGUAUUGAUGUCAUGAAGCUAUCCGCAGCACUGCGUCGAUGUGGCGUUGAACUCGCCGCAUCUCAGAUCAUGCGGCUUCAAUCAGUUUCCAACAUUGUCUCUUCAGCUGAAGAGACUACCACGUCUCACACUCAGAUCGACAACAACACCGACUUGGACGCUACCCGCCAGAGGUUGCGCGACAGUCUGGCACGCAGUGCUGUCGUUGACAUGGCUGACGUGGAGGAUAUCGUGCCCGCGACGCCACUACAAGAGUCCAUGGUAACGGCCAUGGUGGAAUCCGACUUCCAGUGGUACUUCAAUCAUGAUCUGCUUCAACUCAGCGAGGAUGCCGAUGUGGAGAGGCUCAAGAAGGCAUGGACGCAAGUAGUCGAGGCUCAUCCGAUCUUGCGCACAGGAUUCUACCCUGUCGAGGAUGAUUCGCUGGAGAACGCAUUCUACCAGGUCAUCUACACAAAGAAUGAUCCCUGGGUCGAAUGUCUUGUUACAGAGAGCCUCGAUGAAGCUGACAGAGUCAUGGAGCGUUGCCGGCUGAGAGCAAAGGAUGGCAAGGGCCAGACAGCGUUGCUGCAGUUGUCACUUAUGUCGGUUGGCUCGCAAAGAUUUGUUGUGCUUUCUAUGGCGCACGCUCUCUACGACGGGUGGUCACUGAGCUUGCUCUACCGGGAGCUUCAGAAUGCCUAUCAUGGUCAGCUACUUGAAGCAAGGUCGCCCGAUAUCUUCUUGUGUCGGCUACUCGAGGCACCGAGCGCACAAUCACAGGAGUUCUGGUCCGAUUACCUCCAGGGAGCAAGACCGACUCAUCUUGGUGUCUCACUACAAACAGAGCCAUCAACCACGCCGGGCUUUUCAGAAGCCACUUCGGACAUGAGAUUGGAUACAAUUAAGGCAUUCUGCAAAGAUCUAGGUAUCACCAUGCAGACAUUGUGCCAGGCCAGCUGGGCGCUCGUCCUUGCAUACUAUACGAAACAGCUGGACAUCAUCUUUGGCGUCAUCAUGUCAGGACGUGACUUUGGGGGCGCCGAAGAGCUCAUGUUCCCGACCAUGAACACUGUAGCGAUGCGGUAUAUCCUACACGGGACGGCCAGAAGCUUCCUGCAGUAUGUCGAAGAGAGUAUGAGCGAUGUUCGUCAGUAUCAGAGUUAUCCGUUGCGCAAAGCUCUCACGGCCGCCCGAGCACCGAUGGGAGGGCUUUUCAAUACCUUGUUUAUGUUACAAAAGAGUGCAGAGACCGGGUCCAGCACACUCGUCCACUCUGUUCGGGGCGUUUCCGCGGUCGAUUACCCGGUCUGCGUGGAGGCUGAAGUCGAGCAAGGACAACUAUCCUGGCGCAUCGCCGUUCAGCCUGGUUUCGUCCCUCUGGAGUCACCCUCGAAUCUACUCAAACAACUGGACGGAGUUCUGAGUUUCCUGAUUAAGUCUCCGGAUUCAGAUCUGCUCUCCUUCACAGCGGCAGGGAUCUCCUUGGGUGGUCUGCCUAGUUUUACAAUCAAGGAAGACGCGGAGAGCGAGGAUGAGUCAAGGCUUACCACGCCACUGACAGAUGACGAGGACUGGAGCGGCAUCGCCAGCACGAUCCGUAGCGUUCUCAGUCAAGCCUCUGGCGUAGAUGAGACGAGCAUCCGGAUGACGGACACGCUCUACCACCUAGGCCUGGACUCCAUCAGCUCUCUCAAGGUUUCGAGACUCCUGAAGCAGCAGGAUCUUGACUUGCGCCCUCGCGACCUGAUACGGGCCGAGAGCAUCGCCCAUCUGGUGGAGAUGGCAACCGCAAACCAGUCCGACGGCGAAGGGUCACAAGACCAAGAAGCAGCUGUGGCAUGGCAGCUGCCACCAUCACUGGAUGUCGAUGGCCUGCUCCUCCACCACAAUCUGCAGCACAGUGACGUGGAGGCCAUCCUGCCAGCAUUGCCGAUGCAGGUCUUUGUCCUGGGAACAUGGCAGAACACCAAUGGCGCCGUCUUCAACCCGAUGUUUACGUACGAGCUCGACAGCGCGUGCAGCAAAGAGGAGAUCAUGGCCGCGUGGGGGCUCGUCACAGCAUCAACGCCUAUCCUACGCACCCGCUUCAUGGCAACGGGGGACAAACAAUUGCCGCUGUUGCAGGUCGUCCUCAAGUCGGCGGCGUCAGACUUGGUCCACUUGCAGCCAGGCGAGAGAACCGAGGCUGGCACAUGGCAUCUCCGUCUCCACGUGCACCAUGCUCUCUACGACGGUGUCAGUCUUCCGCUGCUGAUGCAACACCUCCUCCACGCGCUCGUAUCACGAUCACUCCCCAACAGCAGCCUCGACCUAUGGAACAGAUAUGCCACCAAUCCCUAUCUCCCGUCGUCCGUCAGUGCCAGAAAGGCGUUUUGGACGUCGUACCUCUCUGGCGUGGAGCCAGACUCGGAGGCACGGACGGGUUACCCCAUUCGUCCUCGCGUGUCGUAUAUAGCACGAUCGGCAGUCCGUGACACCUCUCUGCUCCAACAGCAUGCCGCCGCCAAGGGCGUCGGUGUGCAGUCCCUCUUCCUGGCCGCCUAUGCCAAGGUGCUCCUCGCCCGAGGUCAUGAGGGCGGCGGCGAGGAGGUGGUGUUUGGCGUGUAUCUGGCCAACCGCCAAGAGGAUACAUCCCUGGACGCAAGCUUCCCGCGGCUGAAUCUCGUGCCGCUGCGUGUCAAGGCCACCGGGCCACUGGAGAGCGUCGCGCGCCGUGUACAGAGGGAUCUCAGCCUGAUCAUGAGCCAAGGGCGUGCAGCGGUCGGUCUGUGGGAGGUGGAGGUCUGGACGGGCGUUCGGGUCACGUCGUUUGUGAACUUUCUGUCUUUACCCGAUCGUGAUGAGGAGUAUGGUUCUUCCCCAGAAGCCGUGCGCUUACGGGUUGUCGAAGGUGGUGCUGGUGACGAGGAGCCCACCGCCUACGACGCAUCGGCUGUUGGUGAUGUCGUGGUAAGGCAUGUUUUCCCGGUACGUAUUUGCGGUCCCAUUAACUUUGUUUCUUCUAUGAGAACUAACGCAUGCAGCCUGCUAUGGAUAUCGAAGCAUCACUCCGGAACAGAAGUCUUGACAUUGGUAUCUUUGGCCCUGAAGGGGAGGCUGGUGAUGCCCAGAGCUGGGUAUCUGAGCUUGUCCACGCAUUGGACGUCUAGGCGUAUUUAUUCGGAUGCUUUUUUCAUUGUAUAUGUACAGACAUUUCCUGUCGACGUACAACUACCGUCGAUUCAUGUCCAUACUUCAAAGCAUCGUGUGCUAUCCAGGAACGCCAACCGUGCCGUCUAUAGAAUCACCUAA